AUGAGCAAACCAACCGAUCAGUGUGUUUCGAGUGUUGAAGCCAUCGACAUGCAAGGGGAUGUCAUCAUCGUCGUCCAGGGUAGCUCGCCUGAUAAAACGAGGCGCUUCUUGGUUUCCACAAAGGUGCUGGGUCUAGCCUCGCCCGUUUUCCUCAAACUGCUCGGACCAAGAUUUCUGGAGGGUCAACAACUCGCCAAAACCUACCGCCCUGAGAUUGCCCUCUAUCAGGAUAGUCCUGCUAUCAUGGGCGUGAUAUUUACAAUUUUGCACUACCAGGAGCCCGAAGUGAUAAGCAAAAUGAGUACUCAGUGGCUUGUCACCUUCGCCAUUCACUGCGACAAAUACAAUUGCACCAAGGCACUUUGGCCUCGCGCCCACAUCUGGCUUCAAAACCAUAAGCAAGAGAUUAUGACACCGCAAAAUCAUGGCAACUUGCUUCUUGCGGCAUAUCUAUUCCGCGACUCAAAGCAAUUUACUGCACUCAGCAGAGAAGCCCAGCUGAAGCUACCUGUUGCAUUUUCUCUCGAGUGGGAGAAGUCUGAAAUUCUGAACAGCUUGCCUGAUACUGUUACAUGUCGUGCGGACGAACAUAUCCAGCUAUGGCCCAAUAUUGCGACCGUUGUCGUACUGCUUCCCUACAAGCUAAAGUUUGCACCAGCGAUUACAGAGUAUCGCAAUACAUUCUCACUCUACAGAAGACUUUGA